AUGAACUCUUCCUCCGAUGCGAACCAAAGCAGCUCUCCGCCGUUCUGCCUGCUGGGCGCCGUGGGUUACUCCCACAGCCUGGAUACCUGUGUGCUGGAGGUGGUCGUCAUCCUCUUCCUCACUGUGCUCAUCAUCGCCGGCAACCUGGUGGUGAUCUUCGUCUUCCACUGUGCCCCCCUGCUGCACCACCACACCACCAGCCACUUCAUCCAGACCAUGGCCUACGCCGACCUGCUGGUGGGCGUGAGCUGCCUGGUGCCCUCGCUGUCCCUCCUCCACUACCUCCGCGGCCUGAACGAGGAAUUCACCUGCAAGGCGUUUGGCUACAUGGUUUCUGUGCUGAAGAGCGUCUCCAUGGCGUCGCUGGCGUGCAUCAGCGUAGACCGCUACAUCGCCAUUACCCGCCCGCUGUCGUACGCCACGCUGGUGACGCCCUGCCGGCUGAGGGUGUGCAUCGUCCUCGUCUGGGUUUACUCUGCUUCCAUCUUCCUGCCGUCCUUCUUCGGCUGGGGGAAGCCGGGUUACCACGGGGACAUAUUUCAGUGGUGCGCCGACUCCUGGAAAACUAACCCUGGGUUCAGCACCUUCAUUGUGGCGCUGCUCUACGCCCCGGCAGCGCUCACCGUCUGCUUCACCUACGGUAGUAUAUUCAGGAUCUGCCGGCAGCACACGAGGGAGAUCACCCAGCGCCACGCCCGCUUCAGCUCGCAGGCGGAGGGCGAUAAAGGCGAGCGUGGGGAGCGGUGUGAAGGCUGCCCGGACAAACGCUACGCCAUGGUGCUGUUCCGCAUCACCAGCGUCUUCUACGUGCUGUGGAUGCCGUACAUCCUCUACUUCCUCCUUGAGAGCGCCGGACUGUAUCAACAUAAGGUGGCGUCCUUCUUCACAACGUGGUUGGCGAUUAGCAACAGCUUCUGUAACUGUCUCAUCUACAGCCUCUCCAACAGCGUCUUCCGGAAAGGUCUCGGCCGCCUCUUUAGCCCGUUGUUUCCUUCCUGCCUCGGUUGCACGGACGCCAAAAAAGCCCCUGUUCCCGUCAGCCCCCGCUCAGACCCUCGAUGCCAAGUAUGA